GAGUAAAGGCCAUUGAAAUCAGUGGAGUUCGCCAUUUCGACACGUCAACAGGAGCACUUAGUCUAUCUGCCAUUUGCUGUGCCAUCAAAUUUCAACCUGUUGCCAUGGCUAACUUUGCCAUCACGUUGCUGCUAGCUGUUGUCUCGAUGUUGGCUGGAUCUACUACGGGUGGACCGAUGGGCUCAUCUUCUGCAUCAAGUAGUUAUUACCAGACCACAACAACGAAAGAGUACUACACCACCAAGAAAGCUGAAUACUACAUGACGACUUACGCUGCUCCUACCUACUACACUGAGGCCCCGAAGUACUACACCACCAAGGCUCCCGAGUACUACACCACGGCUUCUUACUACACAACAAAGGAACCUGAGCAUUACACCACAAAGAAGGUCGAGUACUACACAACAACCUACGCUGCCCCUAGCUACUACACCGAGGCUCCGAAGUAUUACACCACCGAGGCUCCGAAGUACUACACCACGACGUAUGCGGCUCCUAGUUAUUACACCGAGGCUCCAAAGUACUACAAUACCAAGGCUCCCGAGUACUACACUACUAAGAAAGCUGAGUACUACACAACACCGGAACCUUAUUACACCACGACCUACGCAGCUCCCAGCUACUAUACCGAAGCCCCAAAGUACUACACCACCAAAGCACCUGAAUACUACACUGAGGCUCCAAAGUACUACUCGGCUCCGAGCUACACCACCACAGCGGCUCCUUACUACACCACUGAAGCUGCCAAGUAUUACGUAGCCCCAACUUACUACACCGCUGCUGCCCCAUCUUACUAUGUUGAACCAGCUUACUACACCGAGGCUCCGCAAUAUUACUCAGCUCCUAGCUACUACGAAACCGAGGCACCCAAGUACUACGCAACUGCCGCCCCAAGCUACUACACCGAAGCCCCUAAGUAUUACGCUGCCCCAAGCUAUUACCAGACUGAAGCGCCCGUUUAUUAUACUAAAGCUCCCGAGUACUAUACCACUGCCACCUACUACACUACGAAAGCUCCCGAAUACUACACAACUGCCUCCUACUACACCACCAAGGCUCCAGAGUACUAUACUAUGACCUACGCAGCCCCUAGCUACUACACCGAAGCUCCCAAGUACUACACCACCAAGGCACCUGAAUACUACACCGAGGCUCCGAAGUAUUUUUCAGCUCCAAGCUACACCACUACAGCUGCUUCUUACUACACCACUGAAGCUGUCAAGUAUUACCUAGCCCCAACUUACUACACCUCUACUGCCCCUUCUUACUAUAUUGAGCCAACUUACUACACCGAAGCACCCCAGUACUACGCUGCUCCAAGCUACUACACCGAGGCUUCCAAGUACUAUACCACUAAGGCUUCAGAAUACUAUACUACUGCUGCCUACUACACCACCAAGGCACCCGAGUACUAUACCACUGCGGCUCCUUACUACACUACUACUUAUGCAGCUCCUACUUACUACACUGAGGCCCCAAAGUACUACACCACCAAAGCAGCUGAGUACUAUACAACUGCUUCCUACUACACCACUAAGGCGCCAGAAUACUACACCACUAAGAAAGCCGAAUACUACACUACUCCGGCACCUUACUACAGCCCUACGACCUACGCUGCUCCCAGCUACUACUCUGAGGCUCCCAAGUACUACACCACCAAGGCUCCAGAAUACUACACCACUGCAGCUUACUACACCACCAAGGCUCCCGAGUACUACACAACGGCUUCCUACUACACCACAAAGGCACCUGAGUACUACCCAACUAAGAAAACUGAAUACUACACUGAGGCUCCCAAAUAUUAUUCUGCCCCAUUAUACUAGAUGUUGUUAAUAUUUCAUGUAAAGAUAAUUUAUUUUUUAUUAGUUAUAUCGCUCUAAAAUCAAUGUAUUUAAUGAUUCAGUUCAUUGCAUUGUUCACUCAAAUGUCAUGUAUUGGGUUAGUUUUUAUUGGUGUUCAAUGUUAACUGCAACUUGAGAUUUUAUCGGUAGAGUUUAAAAGCACAAUAUAAAAGAAAUCAAACAU